AAUGAUAACGAAGAAAAAAUCAAAGGGUGUUGAAAACUAGAAAAAAAGGAGUUGCAAACCUCUUUCUCUUGGUCGGGUUUUCAGAGCGGUCGUUGAUUUGGUAUUUCAAUAUUGUCAAUCUUUAACCUCCCUUCCUCAAACCUUGUUAAAUUCCUUCCAAACCAUUGCUCAUUCUUCACCAUCUUCUAAUAUCUUCUAACCUAAUUUUCUGCUUCUUUCAAAUCAUUACCUAACCAACAACCACGGAUAAUCGUCUAGUUUUGGAUCCUAUAUACGUCGAUACAAGAUUGAAGAAGUGAGUUCGUAGAAUUGUACUAGAUUCAAAAAAAAAAAAAAUGACUGUGAUAAAAAUUACUUGGAGAUCCAUCAUCCCAUGCUGUUUUUCCAAGGGUGCUGUGAAACCAGAAGCCAAGCCUAAGAAGGAAGUUGCAAAACAAAGUUCAUUUACCAGACUUGCUAUGUUAGACUUAAGUUAUCCUAGCUCGAUGCUUUCGGAGGAUCUGUCUACAUCUCUUGCCGGUUCAAACCUUCAUGUUUUUACGCUUGGGGAGCUAAAGGUGAUAACACAGAGCUUUUCAUCAGCUAACUUUCUGGGUGAAGGUGGGUUUGGACCGGUUCAUAAGGGGUUCAUUGAUGAUAAGCUUAGGCCUGGAUUGAAAGUUCAGCCUGUAGCUGUUAAGCUCCUGGAUUUAGAAGGCCUGCAAGGACAUAGAGAGUGGCUGACUGAAGUGAUCUUUCUUGCACAAUUGAGGCAUCCACAUCUUGUGAAGCUGAUCGGAUAUUGUUGCGAAGACGAGCAUAGGCUACUGGUAUAUGAAUAUAUGCCUAGAGGCAGCUUGGAGAAUCAGCUAUUUAGAAGGUAUUCGGUUUCUCUUCCAUGGGCGACAAGGAUGAAAAUUGCUCUUGGAGCUGCAAAGGGUCUCGCCUAUCUCCAUGAAGCCGAAAAACCAGUCAUAUACCGAGAUUUUAAAGCGUCAAAUAUACUGUUAGACUCAGAUUACACUGCCAAACUUUCAGAUUUUGGUCUGGCAAAAGAUGGCCCUGAAGGAGAUGACACUCAUGUUUCCACCAGGGUUAUGGGGACACAAGGCUACGCUGCUCCUGAAUACAUCAUGACAGGUCACUUGACGGCAAUGAGUGAUGUAUAUAGCUUUGGAGUGGUACUUCUGGAGCUUUUAACAGGGCGAAGAUCUUUAGACAAGAGCCGUUCCCAAAGAGAACAGAACUUAGCAGAAUGGGCAAGGCCAAUGUUGAAUGAUCUUAGGAAACUUGGACGGAUAAUGGAUCCUAGAUUGGAAGGCCAAUACUCGGAAAUGGGGGCACGAAAGGCAGCUGCAUUAGCUUAUCAAUGCCUUAGUCACCGGCCAAAGCAAAGACCAAAAAUGAGUGAUGUGGUCAAGACUUUGGAGCCCCUUCAGGACUAUGAAGACAUCCCAAUUGGUCCCUUUGUUUAUACGGUUCCAACCGAAAGUGGUUCGUCAAAGGAGGACAAGCAAACUAAGGAAUAUGAAUCUAAAAAGGACUUAAAGAAAGAGAAUGGUCAUUAUCACAAAAACCACAAACUCCAUCAUGGCAAUAGGCAUCAAAACAGAUCACCAAGGAUGUCUCCAUUUCACUCGGAAAGCAACAUUCUAAAACAAAAUCGUAGAAAUGGGUUGAAUUCUCCCCUGCACCAUAAAUCUAGGGAACCAUAGAGUAUAGACUAACACAACUGUAAAUAGGCAUUAACUAGAGAUAUCCUUGGAUUUCACACUAUGGAAAUUUUAAGAGUGUAAAGUUUUUUUCUUGA